AUGGUUUUCGCCAUUAUUAUAACUAUUAUCGCCCUUGGCGAAAGUGCGCCCACACCUAUUAAUGUUUUAGUUAUCCGUAACGGCCCCGAAUUUGACAUUAUACGCGCGGCGGUUUACGCAAAACUUUUCCCAACAAUUAUCGAAAUUAAUAUAAUUUCUGCUAUUAUUGCAAUAUUAAUAGUUUUAACGGUAAUAUUUUUAAAUAAAUACGUAAUCCGACGGCUGGAUAACGGUUUCACUAUUAUACCCGAAAAACAGGCAUUUACCGAGGCAAAUAAGGAAAAAAACAGGUAUAUUUUUUUGGACGCGCUGGCCGAAAACUUCCCCGACACCGUCGAAUUUUUUCACCAAAUUUUGGGCGUGCUGUUCGCCGGCCGCGAUACCACGGCCUCGUUUAUUAAUUGGGUAUUUUAUAAUCUCGCGCGCGACCCGGUCCGGUAUUUAAAAUUAAAGUCGGCACUAAUUAAAACUGCGUACGUGGUUAUAAGGUUAUUCCAACCAAUCGACCGGAUAAAAAACUGGGAUUUAAAGCAAAAUGCGAAAUAUAAUAUAACGGCCAUAAUAUGCUUUGGAACGGGAACUAAGGUUAAAUUGCAUAUGGGGGGUGCCUGGGAAUAG